AUGCCUACAUUAAAUCAAUUGAUUCGUCAUGGUAGAGAAGAAAAACGGCGCACGGACCGUACUCGAGCUUUGGAUCAAUGUCCCCAGAAGGAAGGAGUAUGCCCGCGUGUUUCAACGAGAACACCGAAAAAACCGAAUUCAGCUCUACGUAAGAUAGCCAAAGUACAGUUGAGCAAUAAACAUGAUAUAUUUGCUCACAUUCCAGGCGAAGGUCAUAAUUCGCAGGAACAUUCUAAGGUCUUAAUAAGAGGAGGUAGAGUCAAAGAUUUGCCAGGUGUGAAAUCCCAUUGUAUUCGAGGAGUCAGGGAUUUGCUGGGAAUUCCGGAUCGAAGAAGAGGCAGAUCAAAAUAUGGUGCGGAAAAACCCAAAUCGAUAUGA